CUGCUCUGGGUACUGAAGCACUGUUUUUUCUCAUCAGUUCAUCACAGACCGCUCCUCUUCGCUCUCGUCCUCCUCAGAGACAAACGUAAAAGAAAACAUGGGCAAAAUCAACGGCUGCCUGAAGUGUGUUUUUAUCUUCUUCAAUGUGUUGUUUGGGAUCCUCGGAUGUUUGCUGAUUUAUUCGGCGGUGAGGGCGACCGCCUCCUCCAUCCAGAUGUCAACGUUUGGUGGCCCGGGCGUAGGCUGGAUUUGGGUGAUUGCCCUCGGAGUCUUCGGCAUGUCCGCUCUGGGAAUCUUUGCAGCUUGCUCUGAGAACAGCCUCGCUCUCAAAAUAUUUGCAGGUUUCAUGGUGGCUGGAAUGAUCGUCAUGCUGAUCUUUGGGACCAUUGUGGCAGUUGUGAGAAACAAGGUAAAAGACACCAUAGAGCAUGGAGCCAAGGAAUUUGUCAAUCCUAUAAUGGAAAACGAAGAUUCCAGAGCCUUGCUUGAAUCCCUGCAAGGACCUUUCCAGUGCUGUGGCGUAGCUAGUGCUGAGGACUGGGGUUCAGCCAUUCCUGACUCCUGUGGCUGCAUGCCUGAUUACAGCAGCAUAUCUAACUGCAAACCCAGACCUCAGGGUUCCUCUGGACCAGCCCUGAUCUAUUCGCAGCCCUGCAGUCUUGCUUUAUUCAGCAUAGCAGACUUAGUCUUCAAGGUGACGAUGGGCUUCCUGUUUGGAUUUGCAGUCACAGCAGUAAUGGGUCUACUCUUCUCCAUUGUCAUGAUUCGCCAGGUCACGCAGCAUUAAAAUGCUGGUAGACCAUCUGCUGCGUUGAAGGGCAUCUUAAGUUGACUUUUUGACCUCUAACGUCUGUAACAUAACUAGAGGACUGAUUGGUUAAUAACUUCUUGUCAUUGUGUGUGAACCACUUAAGUAAAGGAAGCUUUGUUAUUCAUUUGUGAAGUGAAGUCUGUGUUUUUGUUUCCACAACGAAGUUGUUCAUAUAAUCCCGAGUGUCUCCAGAAAUCUUGUUAUGCAGAUAGAUGACAAUAAGUCAGAAAUGUGGCUUGAAUGUGAAUCACUUCUUUCAAAAUACAAAAUAAAGAGCAGAAUAAGGUUUUAGUUUUUUGUACGAAACAUUUCAUUUUGGCUUGCAAUCUGUAAUCUGGUAAUCAUUUCCUUUUCUGCGUGAUACUGGGUUGUCCAACAGUUUCACCAUUACUGCUGUUGUUGUAAUCGUAAACUUGUUUUUAUUAGAACUAUAUUAAAGCUGUUUUAAAGGGAAAUCUGACCUCCAACUCAGAUUAAACUAUACAGAUGUAAAACCUA